AUGGGUUCUCUUAUGGUAGAUCCUCCGAGUCCUCAAGGUUUCCCUAUCUCAGUGAAAAAUGCACUCAAUGGGGAUAUCACCUCUCACCGCUCCCAAAGAGCCAGUCAUACUCAUGCUGCUAUGCACACUCUCGUCCCAAACACUCACCUCGACACCUCCCUCCCUAUUCCUGUACGCAAGUACCUUAAGUCAUAUGGCCUGACGCCACCUCGAGUCGAGAGCUACGAGACCCAGAAAGCGAGAUGUCUGGGACAAUUAGCCCUCAAGACCACGGAUAUCGACAGAUUCCUUUACUUGAGCGCAUUGAGAAAGAACAACGUCCACUUGUUCUACAGGCUGAUGACCGAUCAUCUCCGGGAAUUGACACCAAUGAUCUACACUCCAGUUGUUGGUGAAGCCUGUCAGAGGUGGUCAGAAAUAUAUCAGCAAGCUGAGGGCAUGUAUCUUAGCUUCGAAGACCGUGGACACCUCGCAUCCAUAAUUCAGAACUGGCCACAGCCGAGUGUUGAGAUCACGGUCAUUACUGACGGCUCAAGAAUUCUUGGUCUCGGCGAUCUAGGUGUCAAUGGCAUGGGCAUACCCAUUGGCAAAUUAGCACUAUACACCGCUUGCGCUGGUAUCCGACCGGAGUGUACGUUGCCCCUGACUGUCGACCUUGGCACCAGUAACAAAGCUUUCCAAGAGGACCCGUUGUACAUGGGCAGCCGAAGAGACAAGGUUACGGCCCAAGAAGAGCAAGAGUUUCUGGAUGAGCUGAUGAUGGCUCUGAAAGAGCGUUGGCCAGCCAUUGUCAUUCAGUUCGAAGACUGGAAGAACCCAUUUCCUUCUCUGGCUCGGUAUCGGGAUGACUACGCCAUGUUCAACGAUGACAUCCAGGGGACUGGUGCUGUCAUUAUGGGUGGCAUUAUCGGCGCUGUACAACAAAGCGGCAUUUCUCCCCGCGACCAUCGUGCAGUCUUCCUGGGCUCUGGUUCCGCUGGUGUCGGAGUUGCCAAGCAAAUUGUCGCGUAUUUCAUGCAUGAAGGGCUUACUGAAGACGAAGCUCGUUCCUGCUUCUACCUGGUCGACUCUAAAGGUCUCGUCACGUCAGAUCGUGGCGACAAGCUUGCUGACCACAAAGUCUACUUUUCUCGCAACGAUAACGACGGCCAACAGUUCAAGUCCCUUGAAGAAGUAAUGGAACAUGUCAAACCCACCAUCAUUAUGGGUCUCAGCACUAUAGGUGGAGCCUUCACCCCAGAGCUCCUCACCAAGAUGGGUCAAUGGAACAAACACCCCAUUAUUUUCCCACUGUCCAACCCUUCGUCAAAAUCCGAAUGCACAUUCGAAGAGGCCAUCAAAUACACCGACGGCCGCGCUUUAUUCGCCUCCGGCUCCCCAUUCCCACCCUACACCUUCACCUCCAGUACUGGUGAAACAAAGACCCUCCGUCCUGGCCAGGGAAACAACAUGUACGUUUUCCCUGGUAUUGGACUCGGCACCAUUCUCUCGAGAGCCAUCCAAGUCACCGAUAACAUGGUGUAUGCUUCGGGCGAAUCUCUCUCCACCGCACUUACCCAGGAAGAGAUCAAUAUGGCAUGUCUCUACCCCGAUAUUACUCGGAUUCGUGAAGUCAGCGUCCGUGUUACUCGCUUCGUGAUCCGCGCAGCUCAAAAGGAUAACGUGGAUCGCCUGCACCAUUUACGUGAGAUGGACGAUGAGCAGCUCGAGGAGUGGAUCAGAAGCAAGAUGUAUGAUCCUCAUGCUGAAACAAAGAAUCUCGAAGAAGAGGUUAAGGAGAUGGCGAGGGAGCUGGCGCCGGAGUCUUCGAAGUUGUGA